UUGUUUUUGUUACAGUUAUCGGCGACAUUGCUGGUGCUUAUUCACCUUUCCAUGAACGUCGUGGAGGAGGGACAUGCAGUCAACCCAAGUUGUUCCUGUAUACGCUUCACGUCAACAUUUGGCAAGGAGCGUGGAACAUUCAGCAGUCCAGAUUAUCCACGACCGUAUCCUGCCCACAUUACCUGCCUUCUUUAUACCUUUGUCGCUGGACCUCAUCAAAUUGUUGAAAUCAUGUUCACCGAUUUUGAUGUUUACAAGGAGCAUAUUGAGUGA